AUGGAUGGCAAAAAUGAUUAUUUCGCGGAAUUCCUCAUCAAGUCGCGUUUGAGCUCGGACGCGUCGAGACACAUUCAAACUCUGCACAGGCACUCGGACAGCAUCAGCAGUACAGCUCAAGCAAGAUAUCCCACAGUCAGCAUGUCCGGAAACGCAGAAUACAAAGAGGCUUUCGCACUCUUCGACAAGCGGGGAAACGGGCAGGUACCCCGGGAAUCCCUUGGCGCACUGUUGCGGUCACUGGGGCAGAACCCUACUCAGGCCGAGGUGGCUCAGCUGGAGCAGAAUGUAUCGACAAAUUUCUCGUAUGACCAAUUCCUCCAGAUCUUGAACCGUCAAGACGGCUGGAAGCCCGCCGGAACAGCAGGCAAGUUGCUUUCAGACGAGUUCAUCAAAGGCUUCCAGGUCUUCGACAAGGCCGGGAACGGCUUUAUUGGCGCCGGAGAGCUGCGAUACGUCUUGACGCAGCUGGGGGAGAAGAUGACGGAUGAGGAGGUCGAUGAGCUGUUGAAGGGGUUCCCAGUGCAGGACGGGCAGAUCAAUUACCACUCUUUCGUCCGCUCUAUCUUGGCUCAAUAG